GGCGUUCUGAGUCAUUAUCGAAAAUUAUUCGUAAAGAAACAGCAAGUGUAACCUGUCAACUGACACCAACAAGAAAACAUAUCGUAACAAAAUGGCGACAGACAUGAGAAGCCCAACCUUUGAACCGAAAGUUCAUCUUCAGGAUUGGAAGUUGUGGGAACAAUUUUCAGCUGUUCAAACUGAAAUGAUCGUUACCAAGACUGGGAGGCGAAUGUUUCCCGGCUAUCGAAUAAAAAUGUCGGGAAUGGACCCGAAUGCUCAAUAUUGCGUACUGAUGGAUAUUUCGAGCGUGGACGAAAACAGAUACAAGUUUCAACACGGGGAGUGGGUGGUAGCGGGUCGGGGGGAACCCCAAGUUCCGCAGAGAUUUUAUUUACACCCCAACUCACCUUGCAGCGGGCAUCAAUGGAUGAAAGAAAUCAUUUCGUUUCAUAAAGUGAAACUCACAAACUCUUGUGGAAACUCAGCUGAUGGAAAGUUCCUCAUACACUCCAUGCAUCGGUAUCAACCUCGUAUCCACAUCGUUCGUACUGAUGACGUCAAUACUCUGCAUCUACAACCGAUGUCAACUUUCGCUUUUCCACAAACUGCUUUCGUCACAGUCACGGCCUACCAAAACGGACAGAUCACUAAACUGAAAAUUGCAAACAAUCCGUUUGCACGAGGUUUCCGUGAAGACGGUGCUAAAACAAAGAAGAGAAAAUCACAAGUUUCAACAUUUACGGAUCAACAAGUCCUUACUAAAAAUAAUCAGAGAUAUUCCCCCGAAGCAACAACAUCGAAUUUGGAAAAAAGAAUGAAGUUCGAAAAUGUAUUGAGUGGUGAACAUGUUCACCUACAACCAACGGCAUGGUACCAGAGCACAAAUCACUUCCUACCCGCUGAUUGUAAACAAAGUUAUUCUACUUCACAACAAACUGUACAUCCUCAGAAUCAUAAUGGGUCACCACCACCACCAUAUGCAUUCCAAUAUUCUGACGUCAGUCCUUGCAAUAAUCGCUACGACUUCUCGGUCGCAAACAAUCCAAUUCAUCCACAGAAUAUUCAGUAUUACGACCAACAACCACCAUUUGAUCCGGUAUUUCCCUCCCAUAACAAUUAUGUUUACCACCACAAAGUGAUGUCCAAUCCCAUUAAUUCAUCUGAAGUUAAUUCAAUAAGUUAUUUCACUUCGCCACAAAAUUCACCUGAUGAUGUCCAUCUGGAAAACACCCAAUUUUGUUAUAACAAUUUUCAAUACAUUGACAGUUUUGCUUAAAUACAAAUUUGAAAGUUCCUUUUAAUACUUUUUUGUUAUUGUUCGAAAAAUGCGUUUUUGUCACUGUUAGUAAUUGUGUCCUAUAGUUGAAUAAAAUAACAACAACAAAA